AUGGAAGACACAUACAAAGACAGGACUUCAUUAGUGAAAGGGGCUAAGGACAUUGCCAAGGAGGUGAAGAGACAAACUGUAAAGAAGGUGAAUAAAACGGUAGACAAAGUUCAGGAUGGGUAUACGCAGAGAUCCUACAAACAAUUCAAGGAUGAGGAAGAUGAUGAAGACUACUAUACACAAGGAGGAAAUUAUGAUGGAGAAGCCAAUGAUGAUGAAGGGUCAAGUGAAGCAACUGAAGGGCAUGAUGAAGAUGAUGAGAUUUACGAGGGGGAAUAUCAGGGAAUCCCAAACAUAGGGCAAGGCAAGGAUGGCAUAGUGGCCCUGCAGCAGCCCAUCCAUGAUGAAUAUAAGGACCGUCAUGAACUGGAAACAGAAAGGAAAGCUGAUGAGGAGGAGCUAGCGCAGCAGUAUGAGCUGAUUAUACAAGAGUGUGGACAUGGCCGUUUUCAGUGGGCCCUCUUCUUUGUUCUUGGAAUGGCACUAAUGGCUGAUGGGGUAGAGGUUUUUGUGGUUGGAUUUGUGUUGCCCAGUGCUGAGACAGACAUGUGCAUACCCAAUUCUGGAUCAGGAUGGCUAGGUAGCAUAGUGUACCUUGGGAUGAUGUUGGGGGCAUUCUUCUGGGGAGGCUUGGCAGACAAGGUGGGAAGGAGGCAGUCUCUCCUGAUAUGCAUGUCUGUCAAUGGAUUCUUUGCCUUCCUGUCAUCAUUUGUCCAGGGCUAUGGCCUCUUUCUCUUCUGUCGCUUAUUUUCUGGAUUUGGGAUUGGUGGAGCUGUUCCAACAGUGUUCUCGUAUUUUUCUGAAGUUCUUGCUCGAGAGAAGCGUGGUGAACACUUAAGUUGGCUGUGCAUGUUUUGGAUGAUUGGAGGCAUCUAUGCUUCUGCCAUGGCUUGGGCAAUAAUUCCUCACUAUGGGUGGAGUUUUAGUAUGGGGUCUGCCUACCAGUUUCACAGCUGGAGAGUAUUUGUAGUCGUCUGUGCACUGCCCUGUGUCUCCUCAGUAGUAGCACUCACUUUCAUGCCAGAAAGUCCAAGGUUUCUGCUGGAGGUUGGAAAACACGAUGAAGCUUGGAUGAUUCUCAAGCAAAUUCAUGACACUAACAUGCGAGCUCGUGGGCAGCCUGAAAAAGUCUUCACAGUUAACAGAAUAAAAACUCCCAAACAGAUAGAUGAGCUCAUAGAAAUUCAGAGCGACACAGGAACCUGGUACAGAAGGUGUUUUGUUAGAAUCCGCACAGAGCUAUAUGGGAUUUGGUUAACAUUUAUGAGAUGUUUCAACUAUCCAGUCAAGGACAAUACAAUCAAACUUACAGUUGUAUGGUUCACGCUGUCUUUUGGCUACUAUGGGUUGUCCGUCUGGUUCCCUGAUGUCAUUAAACAUCUGCAAUCGGACGAAUAUGCAUCCAAAGUGAAACAUUUUAACGGAGAGAGAAUUGUAGAUUUCAACUUCAACUUCACAUUGGAAAAUCAGAUUCACAUGAAUGGAUCAUACAUCAAUGACAGGUUUAUUAUGAUGAAGUUUAAAUCAGUAACCUUUGAAGAUUCCCUUUUUAAGAAUUGCUUAUUUGAGGACAUUACUUCUGUGAGCACAUACUUCAGGAACUGUACUUUUGUGGACACCAACUUCUCCAGCACAGAUCUUGAGCAAUAUAAAUUCAUUGACACUGAAUUUAUAAACUGCAUAUUUAAGCACAACAAGACAGGAUGUCAGAUUACCUUUGAUGAUGACUACAGUGCUUAUUGGAUUUACUUUGUUAAUUUCCUGGGAACUUUGGCUGUGUUACCAGGGAAUAUUGUAUCUGCUCUUCUGAUGGACAGAAUUGGACGUUUAACGAUGUUAGGUGGUUCUAUGGUACUCUCUGGAAUUAGCUGUUUUUUCUUGUGGUUUGGUACCAGUGAAUCCAUGAUGAUAGGCAUGCUGUGUUUGUACAAUGGUCUCACCAUCUCAGCAUGGAACUCCCUUGAUGUCAUUACUGUGGAACUGUAUCCUACAGACAGAAGGGCAACAGGCUUCGGCUUUUUGAACGCACUAUGCAAAGCAGCAGCUGUACUUGGAAACUUAAUAUUUGGUUCCCUUGUUGGCAUCACCAAAGCAAUCCCCAUUCUUCUAGCUUCAACUGUUCUAGUGUGUGGAGGUCUGGUGGGACUUCGACUUCCUGACACAAGAACCCAGGUGUUGAUGUAA